CAGUGCGAGAGCGAAAGAUGCCCAAAGAAAACGGAAAGGACAAUGAUAUUAGGUAGCGAACUAUUUCAAGUGGUAUUAAGCUAGUCCGGUUCAUUUGAUUGUUUUUGUGGAUAUGAAAACGUCCAGACAAAGGGAAACAGAGAAUGUGAAGCUCCGUUUUGCUUAAUCAACCCCUCUUACCGAAAGCUGAUAUAUCAUAUGGAAGAGGGGGUACAUUGAGGGAGAUCACACAAGCAAUACCUGCAUUCUCCAGCUCGCGGUAUCUACUGGGAUGCAUCAGAAGUGGAUCAAAUGCCAUGACUUCCAUGCAAUGGAGGGUUUACGCUUCUCUAUGGGCUCACUGGGGAUUUCCAAGACCGUUCUGCCCAUUCAAGGCUUCGGUGCUGUGGUUCUAGGGCUGAUGCUGUUGGUGACAAUGAUCACAGCAGGUUCACCUGCAGCAGUAGACUGGCCUUCGUUGGAUCCCACCAUGUUGGAAGAGUUUCAGGAAGAAGUACCAAGCUGGACUGAAUCACCCUCAGCCUUAUUAGUUUCACACACUGAUGCCUCUGAGCACCUAGAUGACACUACAACUUUAGCUCUCCUUUCACCUGGUCCCCUACCACUUGAAUCACCUUCUAGGUCUAGUGACCCCCUGUCCACUCCCCCUUGUAGCUCUUCGGAGCCUACGAUUGUCCUUCAGAAACACCCUGAAGGACCAGCCCGACUCUCAAGGGACAUGAAGCUCUCUGGGCCUAUCUCAACCAUGGCAGCUACCUCUUCAACCCUUGUUACAGUACCACACCAGAAGCUUCUCGGACCACAGUCCAACAUAUCCACAACACCCUUGAACUUCUCUACAGCCACCAGUGGGACUACGUCUCCACAGUUUAUUGUCCCAAACUCUAAUGAAAGAGCUUCAGAUGAACCUCCAUUAUUACCCCCCAGCAACCAGCAAGACCCAUCAAAACAGAGAACUCCUGCACUUAUGACAUCACUUCCGGUUGGACCCCUCAACCUGCCUAGACUGCCUGUUGACAAUCUGGUAGAUGUAGCAGCCCUGUCAGACCAAGCCAGCCCAGAGUCUAGACCUAAUCCAGAUGUGUCCCAGAGUUUAGGCGAUCUCUCACUGGAUCACAAACUGCCUCUUGAGCCCUCCAGUAGAUUAAUCGAUCUGGAUCACCUGCGUCCCAGCAGUGAGCUCAUGCAGAAGGAUGAUGCUGCCCAAGGUAUUUACAUGCUCCUGAAGCGAUCGCCUGAAAUGCAGCUGGCUCCCAGCUAUGUGCCUUUCCUGAGCCCACAGACCACGUCCUCCUCAGCCGAGCCCACCAUGGUCCCUACUGAGGACUUCUUCCCCACCAACACCAUGGAGGUGGACUGGGGCUCCGGAGACCACCCGGAGACCGUGUCCUAUAUGGGCUCGGAGGGCGACGACUUCUCCCUGGUCACCAACCUUCCCACAGACAUGUACGACCUGGAGGACUCCAAUGCGGAAUGCUACGAUACCUCCUUCCCCUCCAGGGUUGGCGUGUCCUUCUCCUCGAUGCAUCACGUGACGUCUUCACUUAGUCUCACUACAACAGAUCUCAGCUCUGGUGUUAGAAGUGUGGCCCCCACAUCUGUACCUCCCUCUAUCCAUCCAUAUCCCAGUCACUCAAUGCUAGCCUCAACACCAACACCUCAAGGUAGUCUACCAGAAGGUUCAGGCGUAGACUGGACAGAUAACUUCACUGUUGAACCAACAGACCUUCUCCUACCAGACAUGAACAGCCUGGAGUACUACACCAUCCAGCUGACCAAGGAUGACUCUGAAGAACACAGAGGCACCAAUGUGACCACCACCUCCAGACAUUUCUCCCUGAUGUCCAUCAGCACCAUCCACAUCAUGGCCACCAGCACGUUCACUGAGGACCCCAGCCACAUGCUCACAGCAUCCUAUGGAGUGGAGGUCCAGCCUUCUGACAACACUACCUGGAUUAAAGAGUCCUCUGAUAUAUCUGGCUCAGAGCCUCUCAAUACGACCACAGCAGACGCCACGGAGAUGACUUCUCUGAAUUUCUCAGUGCCGUUCCUGGAGCCUUCAUUAGCGCCAACCCCCUCCAUGGACCUGUCAUCCUCCCUGUGGGGUGUCACUGGUCAGGUGUCCUCCGGGGAAUGGAUUAGCCCUGUGGCCACCUCGAGUGUCGGACUGGACAGCAGCUCUGUAUUAGUGUCUGUGCAGCCUAGUGCUAUGGCCUCUGAGACAGACAUCCAGUGGUAUGUGUCCCCCACCGCCACAGAGACGGCCCUCCUCAGCACCUUUCUCGUCACUCCUGUGUUGACCACUUCUGUCGCCUUCACCCCAGUGCCUGGUCAAACAGAAUUACCCCCCAAUGUCACCUCAGGCCCCACAGAGCAAGCUACAAAUGCCACCACAUUUCCCCCGGUGUCAGUCAUGGCUGACCAAGGUAUUGAUACGGAUAGUCCUGUCACAGCAGUGACAAACGUCAGCCAGAGUACACUUAGCACCGUAGACACCCCCUCCACAACUGAUCCUGCCACCACCACUACUACUACCACCACCAUCACCACUAAGGCCUCUACAACAACUGCUCUGGCCACCACCACUACCACCACCACCCCCUUAAACAUAACAACCACAAAAAGCCCGCCUACAACCAUUGGCCGCCAGUACCUCUGUAAUGUCUCCAAGCCUGUGUACUUUGUUAAAGUCGGUUUUCCCCCUGGAGCCACUGUUGGAUAUGCCAAAUCCCAAAUCCGAGACAUACUGAAGACUGAAUUCAAUAAGUCAAUUGAACUGCAGGUUGCUAAGAGCCCUCCAGACUUUGUGUUCCGGGCAGUGUCGGGUCCCGUGGUGUUCACAGCCAUAUCUGUCAUCAACGCCCUGCGCCAGUCAGGCCGACGCUUCCAGCCCAUCUCACAUUACUGGAAGGUACCAGACCACCAGUACCAAGUCCACUCAGUGCUGCAGUUUGUGCCCAGCCACGUCGACGUGCGAGUCUGCAACUUCAGCGAGCGCAUUGAGAAAGGCCUUACCAUGGCAUACGCCGAAGUGCGCCGACGCGCACAGGAGUCCACCAACUUCACUGUGCACAUUGUGAACAUCACCAUGAAUCAGCCCAGGAGUCAGCAGAGGGAGCCAGUGGACGUGACCUUCGCGGUGCGUGAUGCCGUCGGCUACCUGAAGGGGUCAGAGAUCAGCAACCACCUGAGGCUGCUCAACAUGGUGGAGUUUAGCUACUACCUGGGCUUUCCCGUGCUGCAGAUCGCCGAACCUUUUCACUACCCAGAGUUGAACACCACCCAGUUGCUUCGCUCGUCUUGGGUUAGAACAGUGAUGCUGGGUGUCCUGGACCAGGGGGUGGACGGGCGGACCUUCCAGGCCAAGAUGGAGCGUCGUGUGGCCCUGCUGCUGGGAGAGGUUCUGAGGGCGGCCAGGCGUAACAAGAGGGCCACCAGCGUGGCCAACCACAGUGUUCAGAUUGUGAGUACGACCAGGCUGGUGGGAGCGGACCACCCUCUGGAUAUGGUGUACUUUGUGGACCAGCUAGGACAGCGGUUGCCUGCCAUCACCACGGCCAACAUGCUGAACAGACUGGAUGUGCAAAGGGCAGCCAUCGUGUUGGGCUACAGAGUACAGGGCAUCCUGGCUACACCUGUGGAGAAGGUGGCAGGGUACCCUCCUCCAGACACGGAGAACACCAGCAUGUGGAUCAUCAUAGGCGUGGUGGUGCCGCUAGGCGUGGUCAUCGUCAUCAUCUCCAUCCUCUACUGGAAGCUGUGUCGCACCGACAAGUUGGAGUUCCAGCCUGACGCCAUGACCACUGUCCAGCAAAGACAGAAGCUCCAGGCUCCCAGUGUGAAGGGCUUUGACUUUGCAAAGCUGCACCUGGGCCAGCACAGUAAAGAUGACAUCAUGGUAAUCCAGGAGCCUGGUGCCCCCGGGCCCCCACCACCCAUCUCCAACACCAAGGAGAGUGCCGCCACCUCCAAGAACGGUGAGAUCCCCACCCCCAGGUCAAAAGGGACCUCCGUCUCCUCCACCAAGGCGUCCCGCAGCACACGCAGGCGAGGAAGGGACAGGAUCUCUCCGUCGGACAGGGACUCCAUGGUGAGCGCUGGGUCCGGUGAUCGUGAGAAGGAGUUAGCCGAGGAGAACCUGAGAGCCUUCGCCAUGCCCAACGACAGCAAGCAGGCCCGCAAGAUCCCAAUCAAUGUUUUAAAUGGAAAGAAUAGAAUUGGUCCUCCUCCCAUGAACGGCCAUGACGAGCAUCUCUCCUCUGCCUCCAUCUUUGAGCAUGUGGACCGCAUGUCGCGCUCGUCCGACGGCACCCGUCGCCUGUCCAAUAAGAUUCAGCUGAUCGCCAUGCAGCCCAUGGCUGUCCCACCCCAGCACCACAGCCCCAUGGUCAACGGUAUUAAUGGCAGAGGGCCAGAGACACACAACAGCUUUAACAAGGAGAUCCAGGUGGCGUUGAGGCAUAAGUCUGAGAUCGAGCACCACCGUAACAAGAUCCGUCUGCGGGCCAAGAGGAAGGGUCACUAUGACUUCCCUGCCAUGGACGACCUGGUGGAUAACGGUCUGACCACUGACCCCAAGGCCCAGGACCACAUCUACCACAAGGCCCAGAUGCAGAUCGACAAAAUCCUGAACCCUGACAUCCACAUGGCCUCACUGUUCAUGGAGCCUAAAAAGAGUGGCAGGGGGAGGCGUUCUCCCAAGCAGAGGAAGAAGCACCGGCUGAACGGCAGCCUGACUGACGCAGACAAGGACCGGCUCAUCUCCAACGACAGUGACGGCACCUACAGGAAAUACCCUGGGGUCAACAACGUGGCCUAUGUGUCGGACCCUGACCAGGCCCCAGAGUCUGGGACCCCCUCCCCCAACGACGACGUGUUCCUGGGCCCCAUCUCGCCCCCUCCGGGGCACGCCCCUCCCCCGCCCCCUACAUGCCCCCCCAGCCCUCCAUCGAGGAGGCCAGGCAGCAGAUGCACUCCCUGCUGGACGAUGCCUUCGCCCUGGUCUCCCCCACCUCCCAGGGCAGCACGGCCGGCAUCACCCUGCCCGGUGUCAACUCCAACCCCCCCAGCUCCAGCCCCCCACCUCGUGGUGGAGCCCGCCCCUGGGGUACUACCUACCCAGCCCUCAGCCCGUUCUCCUCAAGAUACGCUGAGUUAGGAAUGUCCCCUCCUUCACUCCAAGGCUUACUACAGAGACAGGGCCUGGGCUCCAACUACCCACCAGGUGACCCAGGACAUGUUGACCAGCUCCCUCCAGAGAGCCACUACUCCAUCAGGGGCCUGUACACUGAAGACCUGCCCUCCUCUACCAGGCCACGGCCAGUAGGGGGCAC